CACGGGGUCCGGGUGCAGCCGGAGGCUCUCAGUCGGUCAUUCCGGGAGGCGUAUGGAGCCCAGAGCAGGCGCUUCCCCAACUACGGCCGGGGCCAGGGGCUCAGCUCCCAGCAGUGGUGGGUCGACGUUGUGCAGCAGACCUUCAGGCUCUCAGGUGUGCACGAAGAGGGAGUCCUAACGCUGAUGGCCCAAAACCUCUACCGUGACUUCUGCAGUGCCUGCAACUGGGAGGUGUUGCCGGGAGCCAGCGAGACCCUGAGCCAGUGCUGCCAGCGCGGCUUCUGCAUGGGGGUCGUCUCUAACUUCGAUAAGCGGCUGGAAACCAUCCUCUCCCAGUGCAACCUGCGGCACCACUUUGAAUUCAUCCUCACCUCUGAGGAGGUGGGUUUUGCCAAGCCAGACAGGAGGAUCUUCGAGAAAGCCCUGCGCCUUGGUGGGGUCCCCCCGGAGCAGGCAGCUCAUGUGGGGGAUGACUACAGCCGGGAUUACAGGGCAGCCCGAGCCGUGGGCAUGCACAGCUUUCUGCUCCGGGCUGCAGGGCAGGGCGAGGAGCUGGAGGUGCCACCUGAGCAUGUCCUGCCCACGCUCAGCCACCUCCUGGCUCUUAUUGAGAAGGGGUAG